UGCAUCGACAUUCUAUCCCUGUAGAGCAACCUCAAAAACACAUCAGCUGCUAAUGUGUUUACUUGUGUCAGAUGAAGAGCAGUCUAGUGUUCAGCUUCCCUCUCAGUAAGAGUUAUGUGGCUUGUUUUUUUUUUUUUGAAAAGGUGAUAAUAUAUUUCAUGCUAUGUGUUCAUAAAGUUAUUGUAGUCACUAGUUCAGAUUACAGCUGCCAGCCUCACAUUGCAAUGUACUGUGUAUAAACUGUCUGUCUGGAUUUACCAGUUUAGUUGACUGUGUCUCUUACCCACAAGUUUUACAUUCUUGUUGUUGACAGUCAACAGAUGUGAGGCGCAACCAUAAACAUUUUCUUACACUUCUGUUUUGUGGUCUCUAACUUGAUGUGAAACCUUUAUCAGAGUCACUCUCAGCAUGCUGCUGUCUGGUUUAACCUCAUAACCAUCCUUUGUCUCCUCUGCACAGCCCUGAGUGACCAAGCAUGUCUGCCGUCUGUCUGAAGCUCAUAACCAUCCUGUGUCUCUCCUGCACUGUCCUGAGUGGCCCAGGGGGCAGUGGAGUGGUAUGGAGAGAUUUUGGAGGAGCCAUCACCAUCCAGUGCAGACCUUGUGAAACAGACCAGGAGUUCCUGGCUGUGCAGAAGGGUCUCAGUGAGGACAAUCGAAUCUUGUUCAUAGAUGGCAGCUCUCAAAAAGAGACUUUUCACAAAGACUUCAUGGGCAGAAUUCAGUCAAAUGGAGAAUUCCCCAACAUGGAUAUCCUCAUCAAAAACUUGACCACUGAGGACACAGGACCAUACUGGUGUGUGUACAAGAAGUUUGAUGUGAAUUCCGAGCAAACCAUAAGCACAAAAGGCACAGGGUCCGUGCUCCUGGUGGUGACAGAUACAGCGAAGCCGUGUGACUCCUCAACCAACUAUCUGCUCCUGGUGUCUGUUGUGAUCAGUGCUGCUGUGCUACUGGGCAUCUUCAUAUGCUUCCUCAUAUGGCUCAUCAAGACCAAGACUUUGUGCACCACAAAGAAACCGCGGCACGUCCCCAACAAUGAUGUUUAUGAGGACAUGCGUGGAACAAUCAGACGCUAAAGAUGUCAGUCUGCAAGCAAGCAACCUGAAACUCUACAGUGUCUGCACCGCUGAGGCACAAGUGAUGCACAAGAAGCAAUUCUGCAACUUCAGCAUGUUCUUGAACAUCUCUUCAAGCCUUGUGUGUCUGGGUGAAAGAACGUUAAGACAUUACGGUCCAUGAAUUGUCCCCAGGUACAACACGGGAACACACGCAAUGCCAGUGAACAGACUGGCACAAUGUAUUAAAAUACUUUAUAUAACUCUGUUUGAAUGUAGUAGGGAGGCUCAAAUGUCACAGUUUGUCUUGUCUUUCAUUGCAUCAGACAGACAUCAGAACUGGAUUGUCCUCUGACAUGAUCCUGACAUACGUUUUUAAUGUAAAUAUUUUAAUUUCAUUAAUUUCUUCUGUACAAAGUGAUGAUUAUUUUGUAGAAGCAGCAGGUUUAACUUGACUCCCAUAAAAGAUAUCUCCAAUGUUUUGUUAUAUAAUAACUGUAAUUUCAUGUCUACAUAAAUAAAACAAUACAUUUGUGGGAAAAGUA